AUGCGAGGCUGGCACCGGGACACACGUGACCGGGCCUGGCACGGCGCGGCUCACCUCCGCGGCGCCCACCGGCCGCCAUCUGGGCAUCGUCCAGAGGAGCCGGAGCUGGCACAGCCGCCGCCUCCUCGGUGCCCACCGCGCCGCCGACCCGUGCCCGCCGUGUGCCCGCAGGCGUCGCCGUCGCUGACCCCGGUGCGCCAGCCCGGCUUCUGCGCCUUCUACGGCGAGUGCGGGCACAACCCCGAGGUCAACGUGUCGCUGGUGCCCUCCAAGGUGCCCUGCGUGUCCAACACGCCGGCGCGGGUGGCAUCGGGCGCGCUGCUGGCGCUGCUGCGCUCGGUGUGCCCGGAGCUGGCGCAGGGGCACAACGGGAGCGCGCGGGUGUGCUGCAGCCUGGCACAGCUCAGCGCGCUGCGCCUCAGCGUCGGGCUGUCGGGCGCCGUGCUGGCACGGUGCCCGGCCUGCGCCCGCAACUUCGCCAACCUCUACUGCCACAACAUCUGCAGCCCCGACCAGAGCCUCUUCACCAACGUCACCCGCGCGGGCACCUACGCGGCGGUGCCCGGUGCCCGCGCCGUGCUGGAGUACCAGCUCUUCUACCGGCGCCGCUACGCCGAGGCCGCCUUCGCCUCGUGCCAGGGCGUGCGGCUGCCCGCCACGGGCGGCUAUGCCAUCUCCACCAUGUGCGGGCGCUACGGUGCCCAGCUGUGCACGGCCCAGCGCUGGCUGGACUUCCAGGGCGACAAGAACAACGGCUUGGCACCGCUGCAGAUCCGCUUCCAGCUGGUGCCCGACGGCGCCCAGCCCGGCGAGGGCAUCGCCCCGCUGGACGCGCCCGCCUGGCGCUGCGACCAAGCGCCCGGCGAGGGGCAGGAGCCGUGCUCGUGCCAGGACUGCGCCCAGGCCUGCCCGCCCGUGGUGCCACCCUCGGCGCCGCCGCCGCCCUUCCGCGCGGGCAGCGCCGACGGGGCGCUGCUGCUGGGCGCCCUGCUCUUCGCCGGCCUGGCCCUGGCAUUCCUGGUGGCAGCGCUGCGCCGCCGGGGCACCGGCCGGGCCGCGCUGAAGCCGGGCGGGCACCGGCGGCGGGUGGGCGAGGGUUGGCAGCGCGGCCUGGAGCGGGCGUUCCGCCGCUGGGGCGCGGCGGUGGCGGCGCGGCCGGUGCCCGUGCUGGCGCUGGCACUGCUGGCGGCCGGCGGGCUCUCGGCGGGGCUGGCACGGCUGCGCCUCACCACGGACCCGGUGGAGCUGUGGUCGGCGCCUGGCAGCCGUGCCAGGCAGGAGAAGGAGUUCCACGACCGCCACUUCGGGCCCUUCCUGCGCACCAACCAGCUGAUCGUGACGGCGCCCGGCCGCCCUGGCACCGUCUACGACUCGGUGCUGCUGGGCACCAAGAACUUCAGCGGGGUGCUGGCACCCGACGUGCUGCGGGCGCUGCUGGAGCUGCAGGAGGAGCUGGCGGGCACGGCGGCCUGGGCGCCGGGCGCGGGCAGGAACGUGACGCUGCGCGACGUCUGCUAUGCCCCGCUGAACCCUGGCACGCCGGGCACGGGCGACUGCGCCGUGUCCAGCGUCACGCAGUACUUCCAGAACAACCGCAGCCGCCUGGCACUGCGCGCCUGGCAGCACGACGGCAAGCCGCCGGGCACCGUGGACUGGCACGACCACCUCAUCUACUGCGUCAACUCGCCGCUGUCGUUCAAGGACAUCACGGCGCUGGAGCUGAGCUGCAUGGCCGAGUACGGCGGGCCCGUGUUCCCCUACAUCGCCCUGGGCGGCUACCCUGCCGCGGGUGCCGAUCCGGAGCUGCCGCAGGUGGACUCGAAGGUGACGCUGGCACUGGGUGGCAUCGCCGUGGUGCUGGGCGCCGUGCUGGCCGCCAUGGGGCUGCUGGCACUGCUGGGGCUGCCCUCCUCCCUCAUCAUCAUCGAGGUCGUGCCCUUCCUCGUGCUGGCCGUGGGCGCCGACAACAUCUUCAUCUUCGUGCAGGAGCUGCAGGUGGGCACCGCGGGCACCGCGGGUGCCCUCUCCUCCAUGCCAGCCGUGCGCACCUUCGCCCUGACGGCCGCGCUGGCCGUGGCGCUGGACCUGGCACUGCAGCUCUCGGCCUUCGUGGCACUGGUGGCACUGGACGGCCGCAGGCAGGAGGCCGGGCGCUUCGACUUGUGCUGCUGCUGCGGGAUGGGCAAGGGGGGCACGGCCGGGGGGGGCACGGGGCUGCUGCGCCCCCUCCUCGAGCGCUACUACACCCCCGUGCUGCUGCACCCCCUGGUGCGGCCCGCCGUGGUGCUGCUGUUCCUGUUCAUGGCCUGCUCCGGCCUCUUCCUGCUCUUCCACGUCUCCGUGGGGCUGGACCAGGAGCUGGCACUGCCCGAGGACUCGUACCUGCUCCAGUACUUCUCGGCGCUCAACCAGUACCUGGCCGUGGGCGUGCCCACCUACUUCGUCACCACGGGCGGCUACAACUUCUCCUCGGAGAACGGCACCAACGCCAUCUGCUCCAGCGCCGGCUGCGACGCCGACUCGCUGACGCAGACCAUCCAGCUGGCCACGCGCUUCCCCAACGCGUCCUACCUGGCCAUCCCGGCCACCUCGUGGGUGGACGAUUUCCUGGACUGGCUGAACCCCACGGCGCGCUGCUGCCGCGUGCACCAGAGCGGGGAGCACCAGGGCGACUUCUGCCCCUCCACCAGCAGCGACCCCAGCUGCGCGUUCGGCCAGUGCGUGAAGGCCGUGCGGCGCCCCACGCCCGCCGAGUUCCGGCGAUUCCUGCCCUGGUUCCUGCAGGACCGGCCCACCCUGCAGUGCCCCAAGGGUGGCCUGGGCGCCUACGACACGGCCGUGAGCAUGGACAGCAACGGCACCAUCCUGGCCACGCGCUUCAUGGCGUACCAGCGGCCGCUGCGCACGUCGCAGGAGUACACGGCCGCCCUGCGCGCCGCCCGCGCCCUGGCACAGCGCAUCACGGGCACCCUGCGCGCCGUGCCCGGCACCGACCCCGCCUUCCGCGUCUUCCCCUACACGGUGACGUACGUGUACUACGAGCAGUACCUGACGGUGGUGUACGAGGGGCUGGUGACGCUGGCACUGUGCCUGGUGCCCACCUUCGCCGUGUCCUUCCUGCUGCUGGGCAUGGAUGCCCGCUCCAGCCUGGCCACGCUGCUGACCAUCGCCAUGGUGCUGCUGGGCACCGUGGGCUGCAUGGCGCUCUGGGCAGUGCCCUACAACGCCGUGGCGCUCAUCAACCUGGUGGCGGCCGUUGGCAUCUCGGUGGAGUUCGUGUCCCACAUCACCUGCGCCUUCGCCCGCAGCCGCCAGCCCACGCAGGUGGCACGGGCCAAGGAGGCCACUGUCACCAUGGGCAGCAAGGUGGUGGCGGGGGUGGCCAUGACCAACCUGCCGGGCGUGGCGGUGCUGGCGUUCGCCAAGGCGCGCCUGGUGCGGAUCUUCUUCUUCCGCCUCAACCUCAUCGUCACCCUGCUGGGGCUGGCACACGGCCUGGCAUUCCUGCCCGUGCUGCUCAGCUACGACAGGGAAAAGGAACAGGACAGGGACAAGGACAAGGACCAGGACAAGGACAAGAUGUCCGGGAAGGGCUGA